AUGGAUUCAUGCCUGGAAAUCCUGAAAGAUUGUGAGUCCUGUGGAGAUCUUGCGAAAAUCCGUAGCCUUCGUCAAAACGAGGAAUCAGAAUUGGUCCAGACAGAAGCAAUGAAAGAGCAACAGGAACAGCUAGUUUCGUUGACAAAUAACGUGGCGAAACUGAAAGAAGAAUUCGAUUUCGCAACUUCUGAAUUCGAAUCCGGCAAGAAAGCAAACGAUAACGAAUAUCAGGCCGAAUCCUCGAAUCUAGCAAAAGUACAAAAGGAAUAUGAAGAUGCCGUGAAAAAGGAAAACAAUGAAAUCGAAUUUCUGAAGCAAGAUCUAGGAGAUAAGCGCAUAAAGUAUGAGGAAGCGGAUAGCCUAUUCGAGGAAGAAAUUGCAGAGCGCAGACGUGAACUCGAAGCUGAUUUCGAAUAUGCCAAAAAAGCAUGCAGUUGUUACAUGUCGACCGUUUUGCCUCUGACCUCAGGUGCACUUUUGUCUCUGCGGCAUCCUUCUGUUUUUCUGAAUGACAUAUACGGGCAGCUCGCCGAUCGGAUGGCGUGCUCUUUGGACUUCCAGUGA